UGAUUACCCGGGGGUACCCGGUGAUUGUCGAGCAUCUAUGUUUGUUUACAAACAGUUCUCUCCCCACAGCUCCUCCACACUGCUUUGCAUGGCUGUACAUUGCACAACCAUGCAAAGCAGUGUGCUUACAGUGAAGCACAAACACAGCCACACAGACACACAGCACACAGUUAACCCUUUGAUUGCCCCAGAUGUUAACCCCUUCCUGCCUAGUGCCAUUAAUACAAUGCCAGUUCUUUUUUUAGCACUGAUCACUGUAUUGGUGUCACUGGGGAUGUCAGUGACACCAAGUCAGUUCCCCCCAGUGUCAGAAUGCCCACAGCAGUCCCGCUAUAAAUCG